AAAUCAUCAUUCAAGUCAUCAUGAUCUAAGGCUAAAAACAAAACAAAAACUUGUUUGGAUUGACUGAAUACAGUUAUUAAAAGUAAAUAUGGAAAAUGAACCAGACCAUGAAAAUGUGGAACAGAGCCUCUGCGCCAAGACUACUGAAGAAGAACUGAAUAAGUCUUUCAAUCUAGAGACUUCACUUUCAAAAUUCUCUUACAUAGAUCUGGACAGGGAACUGGAGUUCAAAAAUGAUCUGAUUGAUGACAAGGAGUUUGAUAUUCCUCAAGUUGAUACUCCUCCAACACUGGAAAGCAUACUAAAUGAGACUGAUGAUGAAGAUGAGUCUUUUGUUCUCGAAGAUCCUACGUUGUUAAACAUUGAUACUAUUGAUUCUCACUCCUAUGAUACAUCAUCUGUGGCUAGCUCAGAUAGUGGUGACAGGACCAACUUAAAAAAGAAGAAGAAAUUGCCUGAUUCUUUUUCACUCCAUGGAUCAGUUAUGCGACAUUCACUUUUGAAGGGAAUUUCUGCCCAGAUAGUGUCUGCAGCUGACAAAGUAGAUGCUGGCUUGCCUACAGCAAUUGCAGUGUCCAGUCUGAUAGCAGUGGGUACAUCUCAUGGAUUGGCUUUAAUAUUUGGAAAAGAUCAGAAUCAAGCUUUGCGACUCUGUCUGGGUAGCACUAGUGUUGGAGGUCAGUAUGGUGCCAUCUCUGCCCUCAGUAUUAACAAUGACUGCUCAAGACUUCUUUGUGGCUUUGCUAAAGGACAGAUCACCAUGUGGGAUUUGGCUAGUGGAAAACUUCUAAGAUCAAUAACAGAUGCUCAUCCUCCAGGAACAGCAAUAUUGCAUAUCAAGUUUACAGAUGAUCCAACUCUUGCAAUUUGCAACGACAGUGGAGGCUCUGUUUUUGAAUUGACAUUUAAGAGAGUGAUGGGAGUGAGAACAUGUGAAUCUAGAUGUCUUUUCAGUGGUUCCAAAGGUGAAGUUUGUUGUAUUGAGCCUCUGCAUUCUAAGCCUGAGUUGAAAGAUCAUCCCAUCACACAGUUUUCAUUAUUGGCCAUGGCAUCCUUAACAAAGAUAUUGGUCAUUGGAUUGAAACCAUCUUUGAAAGUGUGGAUGACUUUUCCCUAUGGAAGGAUGGAUCCUUCCAGCGUUCCAUUGCUGGCGUGGCACUUUGUGGCAGUGCAUAAUUAUGUGAAUCCCAUGCUUGCCUUCUGCAGAGGAGAUGUUGUUCAUUUUCUAUUGGUUAAGAGAGAUGAAUCUGGAGCAAUACACGUUACUAAGCAAAAGCAUCUUCACCUGUACUAUGACCUCAUCAACUUUACUUGGAUAAAUUCACGCACAGUUGUGCUCUUAGACAGUGUAGAGAAGUUACAUGUGAUUGAUCGGCAAACGCAAGAGGAAUUGGAAAUAGUGGAGAUCUCAGAAGUUCAGUUGGUCUAUAAUAGCAGCCAUUUCAAAUCACUAGCCACUGGAGGAAAUGUUAGCCAAGCACUGGCUUUGGUUGGAGAGAAGGCUUGUUAUCAGUCCAUCAGUAGCUAUGGUGGUCAGAUCUUUUAUUUGGGAACAAAAUCUGUUUAUGUGAUGAUUCUGAGGAGCUGGAGAGAGAGAGUGGAUCAUCUUCUGAAACAAGAUUGUCUUACAGAAGCCUUGGCUCUUGCAUGGUCUUUCCAUGAAGGAAAAGCAAAAGCAGUAGUGGGAUUAUCAGGGGAUGCCAGUAAGCGAAAGGCCGUUGUUGCAGAUCGGAUGGUAGAAAUCCUAUUCCAUUAUGCAGAUCGAGCUCUGAAAAAGUGCCCAGACCAAGGAAAAAUUCAAGUGAUGGAGCAGCAUUUUCAG